CACCAAGGCCUCCUCCUCCGGUCUCGAUCACAAGAUGGCGGCGCUUCCGGAUACCGCGGCGGAGGGCGCGGGCAAGACCAUGAUGGACGCGUGGGACUACAAGGGCCGCCCCGCGGUGCGCGCCUCUUCUGGCGGCUGGUCCUCCGCCGCCAUGAUCCUGGGCGUCGAACUCAACGAGCGCCUCACCACGCUCGGCAUCGCCGUUAACCUCGUCACCUACCUCACCGCCACCAUGCACCUCGGCAGCGCCGCCUCCGCCAACGCCGUCACCAACUUCCUCGGCACCUCCUUCUUGCUCUGCCUCCUCGGGGGCUUCGUCGCCGACACCUACCUCGGCAGAUACCUCACCAUCUCCAUCUUCACGGCCGUCCAAGCCGCCGGCAUGACGAUCCUGACCAUCUCGACGGCGGCGCCGGGGCUGCGCCCGCCGGCCUGCGCGGACCCCACGGGUGCCAGCAGCAGCUGCGUGCCGUCGAACGGGACGCAGCUGGGAGUGCUGUACCUGGGUCUGUACCUCACGGCGCUGGGCACGGGGGGCCUCAAGUCCAGCGUGUCCGGCUUCGGGUCCGACCAGUUCGACGAGUCCGACGCCGGCGAGAGGAGCCGCAUGGCGCGUUUCUUCAGCUGGUUCUUCUUCUUCAUCAGCAUCGGCUCGCUGUUCGCCGUCACCGUGCUGGUGUACGUGCAGGACAAGUUCGGGCGGCGCUGGGGUUACGGCAUCUGCGUGGCCGCCAUCCUGGUGGGACUGGUGGUGUUCCUGGCUGGCACGACCAUGUACCGGUUCAAAAAGCUGGUGGGGAGCCCGCUGACGCAGAUCGCAGCCGUGACGGCGGCGGCGUGGAGGAAUCGCGCGCUGCCGCUGCCGUCGGACCCGGCCAAGCUGUCCGACGUGGACGUCAACGGCAAGCAGAGGCUGCCGCACACCAAGCAAUGCAGGUUCCUUGAGCGGGCGGCGAUCGUGGAGCCGUCGAGCAAGUGGGCGGCGUGCACGCUGACGGACGUGGAGGAGGUGAAGCAGGUGGUGCGCAUGCUUCCGACGUGGGCGACCACCAUCCCCUUCUGGACGGUCUACGCGCAGAUGACCACCUUCUCCGUCUCCCAGGCGCAGGUCAUGGACCGCCGCCUCGGCGCCUCCUUCGUCAUCCCCGCCGGCUCCCUCACCGUCUUCCUCGUCGGCUCCAUCCUCCUCACCGUACCCGUCUACGACCGCCUCAUCGUGCCCCUCGCCCGCCGCUUCACCGCCAACGCGCACGGCCUCUCCCCGCUCCAGCGCAUCUUUGUCGGCCUCCUCCUCUCCAUCCUCGCCAUGGUCGCCGCCGCGCUCACGGAGCGCAGCCGCCUCGCCGCGGGCGCCGCCACCCCGUCCGUCUUCCUACUCGCGCCACAGUUCUUCCUCGUCGGCGCCGGCGAGGCCUUCACCUACAUCGGGCAGCUGGACUUCUUCCUGCGCGAGUGCCCCAAGGGCAUGAAGACCAUGAGCACGGGGCUCUUCCUUAGCACGCUCGCGCUGGGCUUCUUCUUCAGCACCGCUCUCGUCAGCGUUGUGCACACGGUCACCACUUCCGGCGGCCGGCAGCCUUGGCUCGCAGACAACCUCGACGAGGGUAGGCUCUACAACUUCUACUGGCUGCUAGCCGCGAUCAGCGCCGUGAACCUGCUAGCCUUUGUGGUCGUGGCCAAAGGCUACGUGUACAAGGAGAAGCGACUGGCGGACGCUGGUAUCCAGCUUGCCGACGAUGACCUCGUUGUCCACGCCUGAUUGAUCAUAUGUAGAUGCAUGCAUCGGCUGACGACGAACUUAGGCGCGAGCAUGCAAGCCGGCAAUGGUGGUUCAUGCAUGAGUAAUCAAACUAUGCAUAGAGCUAGCUCCAUCAUAUCGAUAUCUUACCUUAGUUUAGGAGGCAGGGCAGGGCAGCGCAGCACAGCUUCCUGCGUUUUGUCCGGCCGGUCGAUCGGCUUCUUAUAUCAAUUCUUCUUCCAUUAAUUGGAGGGGUUCGUCUGUAUUAUCCAUGUGUUUGGCACGUGAUGGUGAUGAAAAUUGUAGGGAUGAAUAAUUUGAGAUUACUACUAGCUAGGCUUAAGCACACCCAAAAUGGGGAUCUAGCUAGCUAGAUGGCUCUGCUUCCUGCAAAUUGUACUGGUACUUUGUAACUUCCUCGCAUGAAUAAAA